GUCAAGACAGGCUCUGACAGGGACAAUGCAAGAGCGCUCAUGCAGUGUGCGCUGUGGCAUGAGGGUAGGCGCAUUGCUAUUGAUGUCCCAGCAAAGCAGCAAGGCUCUUGAUGGAUCAGUCAUUGAUCGGGUAUUAGCCACGUUUCUGCACCGUCUGCGGAGGUCAGCAACUCGAAGGAGAGCACAAUCAUGGAGCGGCAGAAGUCUUACUCGCCCUCCCCGCAGCUGAAAGCCAGCCUGAAGUUCACGCACAAGCCGCAGACAGACCCUGUGAGAUCGGGAGCAAUUUUCAGGCAGGGAGCGCAGUCUGGAGAUGGGGAGCAUGAACAGCAGACGAGCCUGCACCAGACUGCUCCCUCGAGUGAAAAGGUUGAAGACCUGCGAGGAGGAUUCGAGCAAAGGGUACAGCAAUAUGGAAAGAGUGGCUUGGAGAUCAAUCCUGCUGCAGUCAACAGCAGGGCAGCAACUCUGUCUGGGUCGGCUCCAGAGUGGAACCAGGCACUGAUUGCCCCAGGCACUGUCUCGCAGCAUUCGUUAGCUCCAGGAAAAGUUGCACCAGUCGCUGACAGUAGUGCAAUCAUUAGGCCAGCUCCAUAUGGACGCUUUGUACCACAGCCAUCCCCGACGCCAUUUGGUGUUGCUGCAUGGGCGAGCAGCGUGGGACAUCAGAUCAGCGCCAACUUUGACGCCUUGGUCAGGCAGAGCCCUGCCCCUCGAGUCCUUCGAGAGCACGCUCACAGCCCGCCCCACUUUUAUGCCCCUCCUGGUCCACAGCACGAGGGCUUCUCCCAUCCACAGCGCAGCGGGGGGUCAGAUGCUUCCCGCCUGAUGCCGCCCCCAAGGGAGAGCCCCAGGCAUGCGCUGAAACAAGAGGUUCAACGCCAGGCGACCUUUGCUCAACCAGACCGCGGGGCUCCGCCUGCUUCCCACAUAUACGAAGGAAAAGGAGACGCUGAUUCUUCCAGGCAGCGCGAGAUGAGGUCAAGCCCGAGGGCUCAGGGGAUGAAUGAAAGCGAAAGCGCAAACGGGGUUGCGGAGACGCCUGCAGCAGUUUCGCCUACAGCAAGCGGCAGCGGGGUUCGAGAAACGGGUCUGGCAUUGCCGGCCAACCAGGGGGGCGUGGGAGCCGGUUCUAGAAGCGACGGGGCGUCUGGGAGCAAAGCACCAGCAGAGGAGGGCCCGCUCCCAGAGGUCGCGCAUGAGGCAAAGGAGGUGGAGCUGAACCUUUCAGAAUCAGUACCCACUGUGUCUCCUGUAGUUCCAGGCAAGAGCCCAAUUCUAAACCCGGGCUUCCAGACGCCUGUCAGCCUGCAACCUGGCAGUGUCCUGAGGAGCCACUCCGAGCUGAAGAAGGGAGCGGCGUCUGACACCAGGGGCGGGACGUCCGAUGUCUCGGACCACGACGCAUUUUCUACCCCGGACAACACCACUGCUGGCGCCACGCCCUUCACAAGAUCACGGUUGAAGGCUGCCCAAAGCCCUGCAAAGACUCCCCUACAAGCCAGGGCAGAAAAGACCCCCCAAACCCAUGAGAAGCAGGUCACACCGGUGCAGGAAACCGGGAUCCCUGGAAGCACUGGGAGGACUCUCCGGGGUUCGUCAGGGAGACCGCAGGCAAGGGGUCUGAGCGCUUUUCUAGAAGACGAGGGGGAUGAAGAUGACCCUGCGUUCAGCCUGGAUGUCCCCCCCCCAGAGGACGAGCCCCCCGGGCCUGUUGCUGAGGGGGCCCUUGGCGGGGGGGUGAUGCCAAAGCUUCCAGCAGGGGGAGGAGUUGCGGAAGAGAAGAACGGAGAAGCUGAAGGGGAGGUCGGUAGAGGAAACCGGAAUGACGACGGGGGUAAGGAUGAUAGUGAGCGGACGGAGAGCGAUCGGCCGAACAGAGACGGUCUAAACGGCGGGGGGGAUGAGGCGGCAGAAGUGAACAGUGGAGGGGCGGUGCUGCCAAGGACCCCCCGGAACAGCGGCAAGAGGUUGAAGGGUGUCCGAAACAGCGCUGGAAAGACCCCGGAAGCACAUUCAGGGAAAGAAGUGGGCUUGCAAGAAGGGCCAGUGGCAGUGGGCUCGGCCGAGCGUACGAACAGUGUUCGGAGGAGCUCGAGGGGUGUCCAAGCCGGUGUGGGUGUAAGUCCCUUGAUUGCGGAACCAAAGGCGAAGGAAGUGGCGACUCCAAAGCCCAGUACAAAGAGCCUCUCUCCUGGAUCUACUCAGAAGCCUCUUAAAACCAUGAAACGUACGGAGACCGCCAGUCCCCAGUCCCCGCAACCACGCGAUAGGAAUGGGAAAUUUGCGGCAACGGGGUCGCUGGCGGUAAAUCCAAGAUCUGCGGAUAGGGAGGAAAGACUUGCGAAGCGGAGGAAGCUGUCAGAGGAGGACGUAGAGAAGACUGUAGAGAAGGAAGCCGAGCAUGGGGGUAGAGUAGGGGCAGGAGAAGAAAAGGGCGAGAAGAGUAUGGAAGAGGGGCCCACUGGUGCUGGCGUCGUGCCAAAAGAGGAAGGGGAUGCGAAGCGGAUGUCUGAAUCCAAGAAGCGCAGCAGGAUGCUGCGCGAACUCGAGAGCCGCCUCAAGGGUCCCGAGGACGAGGUCAUCAUCACGCGUGCCGUCAAACUCCCAGAGGCUGCGCAGGUCAGCAGGUGGGGGCGGCUAGUGAAGCCCAAGCUGGCCUUCUGGGAGAACGAGUACUACGACAGGGAUCACGCUGGGCGGAUCGUUGGCAUCUCCCGGCCACCCGAGUACACAACUCCAUCCAAGAAGCCCCAAAACCCCAAACCCUUCUCGCCCAAGCUCGAGCCGGUCGUCAAGUCGGAGAACACAGGGUCAGCGGCGGACAGCGCUGAGCGGAAGCAGAAGCUCGGUGCUAGCAAGGAAGCGACACACAGCAAGCGGAAGGUCAAAGUGGAAGAUGACGUCAGCACGCCGCAGGAUCGGGGGCAGAAGCGGAAGGGGGCUGGCGGAAUGAAGGGUCUGGGGGGGGCGGAAACUGUGGUAAAAAAGGAGGGUGGGGAUAGAGGACAGAAGUCUCCGGUUGGGUCACCGGGACGGUGGGUCUCCACCAGGAAUAAGAGAAAGCGGAUGGAGGGAGAAGAAACAAAAACGCAGGAGAGAGUAAAAAAGGGGGAAACGAAGACUGAUCCGUCCGGCAGCGGGAAAGAGGAGAGUCACCCGUCGAAGAAGCGGAAAGGGGCCGCAAAAGGCGAAAACAACAAGGCUUCGGAGCUCUCUGGUUCUGUGGGCGGUCCGAAGCCGUCCGGAUCUGUCAGCGGUUCGCAGCCGUCCGAUCCUUCCGGCCGUCGUAAGUCGUCGGAUCAGCUGUGGCGGCUCAACCGCCAGCACAAGGUGCAGAAGGGGCCCCGUGCUGCCAACUUUGUGGGGGAUGGUUUCGUGGCUGAUACAGCUGAGGUCGAAGAAGGAGCAAACGGAGCCGAGAACGAAGGUGGGCAGAAUAAAAGGGACGAGGAAGGAACGGAAGGGCCGGCGGCAGAAGGGGUUGGAGGAACUAGGGAGAAUGGGGGGCCUGAGAAUCACGCAACUGAUAUUGGAGGGAGCAAAGGAGGCGAGAGCGAAGAGCAGAAGUCUGGCGUGGAUGUCCCAAAGGAUGGGGGCAGAGUGGACAGGCGGUUGCGAAGUAGAGGCCAAGGAAGCGUUCAAGAGGAUACGGGGAAAAAGAUUUGGGAAGGAGGGAGUCGGUUGAAGCGUGGGAAAGAAGCGGGCCCUGUUGCGGGUUUGGGUGAUGAUUUGAAGCGGGUAAACAAGCGGGACGGAAAGUUACAGGGCCCGGUUGAGGACCUCCGGCGACAAAAGAAGGAAAGGCGGAUCGACGAACUGUUGGUAGAGGACAAGAGCGGAACAGCGGAAGACGAAAGCACGGAGACGAAGAGGAAGAAGCUCAAGAAGGGGAGCGAGGCAAAAAGCGGCUCCUCGAAGUCGAAAACGGCGGUCAGGGGGGGCGGCAGGAAAGCAACGAGGAGCAAAUCGAGCGCGGAUGAGAGGGGGCCAAACGGAGACAGCGCUCUGGAAGGCGAUGACGUCAGCAAGAAGGGAACGGUCAAGGAGGGUGGCGUCAUCAGCGGGGCAGAGGCUACGGGACCGACAGAGGGGCGGUACCCUAGAAGGCGGCUGCGGAAGAAGGGCGAGUUGGAAAGGGGAGCGUCGGAAGGGGGAGCGUCGGUUGAGAAUGAAGCGAAAGCAGUGGGGACGGAGGAAAAAAGCGGUACAAGGAAUGGGUCGAAUCCAUCUGAGGCUAUCGAUGCCCUGAGGAAAGACCAAACGGUUACCACUGGGUUUGAGGACCCUGAGAAGGGGAGAGAGGAACCAAUCGGCGAUGCGAAACCCGGCAACGGCGUAAACGUGGAGGAAACGGCGGAGGAAGUACUUGAAACCGGAGAAGAGAGAGGAGAUGAGGCAGCGGGUGUGGAAGCGCCUGUGGAAGGAACGGGUGCUGAGUUGGACGAGGAAGCUGCGACCGCGCUUGGGGUGGGAUUGACUGCGGAAGAUACCGAGAAGGGGUCGGUGGAGAAGGAGAAAGCAAGGGAGAAGGGGAAAGCACCAAAUGAGAGUGACUUGGGGGCAGAUGAGGCGGCUGAACAGCUUGGCAUGGGGGCAGCGGAAAACACUUUUGCGAGUGUGUCUGCAAAGGAUGGGGCUCCGAGCACUGGGGAACAGCAUGAGGAAGAAGCGUCACUCGUGCCGAUUCCAGAGGAAGCGAGGGCGGAGUCAGGUGCGGAACAGGAGGGGACGACGCCAAAAGGCUCUGUGGCAGACGCUCGGCAAGGCCACGUGUUAGAAGAGCAGCAGGGACACGUGGCAGACGUUGGCGUGGGCAAUGAGGGCACAGUUGUGGCGGGGCUUGUUCACACCGUCGAUGCGGAAGUGGGUGGCGUCAGCGGCAAAGGCCCCAGUCACAAGGAAAAGGAGGGGCCCGUUCACACCAGCGGUUUGGAGGCCCUUCCCACUGACAAUGUCCCGAGUCGGACCCCACAACCAGCAAUUGCAAAAGGAGUGGAGCCUAUUCCCACCAUCGCUGCGGAGCCUUCGGCCACUGGUGUUGCCGGACUCGUUCACACCGACGGUGCGGGGCCUGUUCACACCGCUACUGAGGACGAGCCGGUGGAUGCAACCGGGUGGACUGCGAGCCAGGUGGCGGCGCUAAAAAGUGCGCUGCUGAUGAUCGACCCGACUGUGGACGGGCUGUGGUACAAGGUAGCGAGGCAGGUACCAGGGAAGAACCACAUCGAGUGCCAAACCAAGCACAACGAGGCAUAUGUCACGCCCCCGGUGCGCCCCCCGUACGCGCGCCGCGCCGGCAUGUCCCCCGCGCCCCGCAUCAUCCUCCAAGGCGCCGGCAGGGGCCUCGCCAAGGCAGCGAAUCAGAGCAAGCCACGUGGCACGAUCGUGAGCGUCCAGAUGCAGGGCAUGCGUGCAGCACGGGAGAUCCUGAGAGCGCAACAGGCGAAGCAGCGGGCCGAGGCGGGGGAUCCCCUCGCUUUCCACGUGGCAGAAUCUGACGGGACGAGGUCGAAUGAUUUGGGAAUGGCGCCCGACGGCGGUUCCGUGCCGGCAGCGAGUCCACUGAUUUUGAAACCCGUGCAGAACCAGGAUAAGUACAUAGACGAUGCGCUACAGAGACGGUUGCAAGCGCAGCGCCGGAAGAACGCAACUAGUCAGGGGGGGUCCGGCGCGCAAACCCUGAAAAGCGCUGCGCCGGUGUUGGGCUUUGAGGGGGUGACCAGGGAAACGGUGACAGGUGGCGCGGCGGGAGUGGUUGCCGCAGCUGAAAAGGCGCUAGUGCUGAGGGAACAGGCGGCAAAUAGUAUGGAAGACGAACCGGAGGGGCUGGCGGGGGGCGACGAAGAAGAAGAGGAUGAAGACGACCCGCCUCCGUUUGCGUAGUCGGUGGCUAGGAGGGUCGUGGUGAGAUUGUUCCUAGAAUUGUCCUGUAUAGUAGAGUACGAGAGAGAGCGAGACUGUUAUGCAAAGUGUUGGCGCCAGAAAGCUGUGGCUGGGUACGUUACUUUGGAUCAAGCUUGUAAAGUGCUUCUUUGAAAGCCAGCGAGGGUUUAGCGACUGUCUGUCGACCUGAGCGAACGGGGUCUGUUAAACGGCGCUGAUGAAGCUUUAAUUCUGAGUGGUUGCGGACAACGAAGCCCGACUUGGUUGACUUCUUAUCAGAGGAGUUCUUGUGAAAGCCCGCCGAUCUGCCUGGCU